UGUCAUGAGUCAUGAUAUGAAUGAAUGUGUGACUGACAGUGUCAUUACUCGACAAAUUCUGUUGUUUUAUCUUUGCAAAGAUAGUCCAUCAAAAUCAAAUUAAAGUGAGAGAUAUUAAUAGUCUAUUUACAUACAAAAGAAAGAGUGCAAUAGUACUUUAUGUUGAUAAUUAGAGUUAAUUCCCCGAAACACUCCUUGUACUGUCUGUCAGUGAAUGUGUCAACCAAGUGAAGAUUGUUAUGUCAGUGAAUUGUUGGUGUUUUGAGAAUAAAUUACUUCUAGCCAGGAAUGUCGGGAUCAAAGAAAAUGAUACUGCGCGUGCAGUCGGCCGAGGGCACGGCGCGCGUCGAGAUGCUGGACACGGACGUGACGGCGCAGCUGUUCGAGCGCGUGCACGAGAGCCUGCACCUGAGCACAUUCGCGUUCGCGCUGCACAAGGACCGCCAGCGCAAGGAGGAGGUCACGUCCAGCAAGUCGCGGCGCCUGCGCGACUACGGCCUGCAGCACGGAGACAUGCUAUACCUUAGCCCUGUCAAUGGUGCUGUGCUCUUUGAUCAGCCAUCCACCAGUGGAGAGACUAAUGAGAAUAACAAACCAUUUGGUGAGCCUGUUGAGGCUGGUCCCUCAACUUCUAGUACAGUGGUUGCAGCCCAGACCACAGCUGCUCGGCCAAUAGCAGUGGAAGAGGAUGAGGUAGAUUUACAAUUGUACCGCAUGUCAGGCAACAUUCAAAGGCAACGAGAUGAGAAGCUAUGCCGACAUAACUCCAAGGGCUGUUGCGUGCACUGCUCUCCGCUGGAGCCCUGGGACGAGGGCUACCUCAAAGAACACAAUAUCAAGCACAUGUCAUUUCAUGCAUAUUUGCGCAAAAUCACAUCUGGCAACUUUAUCUCAUUAGAUGAGCUCUCUUGUAAAAUUAAGCCAGGUUGCUCGGAGCACCCGCCGUGGCCGCGCGGCAUCUGCUCCAAGUGCCAGCCCGGCGCCGUCACGCUCAACCGCCAGCCCUACCGCCACGUGGACAACGUGCUGUUCGAGCACCCCGCCGUGGUGGAGCGCUUCCUGGCCUACUGGCGGGCCACGGGCCACCAGCGCGUCGGCUUCCUGCUCGGCCAGUACGAGCGCCACCCCGACGUGCCGCUAGGUAUCCGCGCGCGCGUGGCCGCCAUCUACGAGCCGCCGCAGACGUCGACGCGCGACAGCGUGGCGCUGCAGCCCGACCCGCGGGCGCCGCUGCUGGCGGAGCUGGCGCGGCGCCUGGGGCUGCGGGCCGUGGGCUGGAUCUUCACGGACCUGCUGCCGCUGGACACGGCCACGGGCACGGUGCGCCACAUCCGCGGCGUGGACACGCACUUCCUGUCGGCGCAGGAGUGCAUCAUGGCGGGCCACUACCAGAACCUGCAUCCCAACGCCUGCCGCCACGCCUCCUCCGGGUACUUCGGCUCUAAGUUCGUCACGGUCUGCGUCACGGGCGACAGCGACAAGCAGGUGCACCUGGAGGGCUACCAGGUGUCGGGGCAGUGCCAGGCGCUGGUCCGCGACGACAUCCUGCUGCCCACGCGCGACGCGCCCGAGCUCGGCUACAUCCGCGACUCCUGCGACGCGCAGUACGUGCCCGACGUCUACUACAAGGAACGAGACGCGUACGGUAACGAGGUGGGCGUGUCCGCCAAGCGGGUGCCCGUGGCGUACCUGCUGGUGGACGUGCCGGUGGGCGUGGCGGGCCCCGGCGCGCCGCCCACGUUCUGGGCGCAGGCCGCCUUCCCGCCCGCCCACCGCGCGCUGCAGCAGCACCUGCAGACCCUGCGCGCGCUGCACGCGCACCUGGCGGCCGCCGACAGCUUCCUGCAGGCGGCCUCCGACCUGCACGCGCUGCUGUUCCUGGCCACCAACGAGGCGCUGCCGCUGUCGCCCGACGCGCUGCAGCCGCUGCUGACGGCCGUGCGGGCCCGCGACGCCGCCGCCGCCGACGCCUGGCGCAGCACGCCCAGCGCCGCCACGCUCGACACGCUGUGCCGCGCCGCCGCCGACCACGACGCCGACAGGUACCCUUACCUCCACCUCGAUAUUCAUUUGUUCCUUUGUUACGCUUUUUCGCUAGAACAGUUGAACCGAUUUGGAUUUAGAUUGACACAGCAAUUUAUAGAUGAUACCUUGGAGACCUCAUAUACAGUCGUGGUCACCUAAUUAAAGACGCUGUCUUAACUUACCGGUGCAUUUCAUCUGUAUUUCUUUUUUCAGAUUGCCAUAGGAACUUUCUUUUCUAUUUCAAAAUAUUUAAGAGGGCAUUGUGAAAUGUUAAAACUAAUGACAAUAUUCAAUAAUCCCCCGCACCUAGUUUUUUUUCGCUUUAUCCGAAUCGCGGACGGUAUGAUCCAUAACGAGGCCUGGCCAUCUAAUUAAAGACACUCCAUUUGCUCAGAGAAAGAAAUACAAAUUAUUAAUUAGAGUUAACUUUGUACAACAACAUUCCCUACACUAUAAUUAAACAUUCCAAUAAGUAUUAA